GCAGGCGCAGGUGCUGCGGUCACCAAUGCGCCGGCGCUGCGCGGAUUCUUCCCGAGCUCCUCAUAGGCAUCAGAUCCAGAAACUAAUAUCCUUGCUAGUUCCACGCGAGUUCUGGGACUCGAACUCACGGCUGCCCUCGGCUGGCACUGAACGGGACGCGUGGUCCCGGUGCCGUGGCGAAUCAGCGGCGCGCGGGAGCACGCGGUCGUGGCUCUGAAGCCUGGGGGCCGGAGCAACCCUGUGGGAGUGGUUGGUCCGGUUGGGUCUGCAUUGGUGACGGCCCUGCGGGAUGGCCGGCUUCCGUGCUAGCCCAGGGCCUCGUGUUUAGAAGGCUGGGUGAUCACCUGGAGCUGCAGACUCCGGGGUUGUAGCUGCUGCUGCCUGCCCUGCCUUGCAAGAUGGACCCAGCACUGUCUGCUGUCCGAUUCACCGUACAAGAAGCCAUUCACACCCUUUCAUCCUCAGAGGAUGUGGGCCACAUCCUCUCCACCCUGGGGACCCUGAAGCGGUACCUGGGUGGAACCGAGGAUCCAGCUUUCCCUGAGAAGGAGGAGUUUACCACCAUCCACUUCUCAGCGGUUCUCAGAUGUCUGGUCAGCAAGCUGAGUCCAGGUUGGCUAGAGCUAUCCCCCGACGGCCAGCUAGAGCGGCUUUGGGAGAGCUUCUUCCUGGACGGCCCCCCAGACCAAGCCUUCCUGGUGCUGAUGGAGGCCAUCGAGAGCACUGCUGGCCCUAGCUUCCGUCUGAUGAAGAUGGCUCGGCUGCUGGAGAUGUUUCUGAGCAAGGGCAGACUGGCGGCUCUCAUGGAGGAGCAGUGUCGCCCGCAGACAAAGCCCAGCUUCUUCCUAGUCCAGGAGACGCUGCUCAGCAAGGUGGUGGGCUUGCCUGACCACCUGGGCAACCGUCUCCAGCAGGACAACCUGACCCCGUUCUUCCCCCAGAACUACUUCCCUCUGCUUGGCCAGGAGGUUCUGCAAGCACUAAAGGCAGUUGUGAGCUUUCUCCAAGGUGGCCUAGACUGCUCUGUCUCCUUUGUGUCUCGAGUCUUGGGGAAGGCCUGCAUCCAAGGGAGAAAAAAAGAGAUUCUGGGCAUACUGGUGCCCCAACUGACAAUGCUCACCCAGGAGAGCUGUCUGUGGCAGCGGGUGUGCUGGCGGCUGGUGGAACAAGUACCUGACCGGGCAGUGGAGGCUGUACUGACAGGGCUUGUAGAGGCCGCUCCCAGGCCUGAAGUCUUGUCCCGGCUGCUGGGGAGCCUGGUGGUGAAGAACAAGAAAGUGCAGUUUGUGAUGACCCGGAAACUUCUGUUCCUGCAGUACCAGCACUCGCCACCACCACCUGGCUGUAUCCUAGAUCUUAGAGGGUGGCACUGGAUUGUUAAUUGGGCAUAUGGGGCUGAAGGCAUCCUGAUUCCUGGCCCUGUGCAGGUGAGCGUGGAGCUGGCCAAGGUGCUACUGCACCUGGAAGAGAAGACCUGCUUGGCAGACUUUGAACAACUGCGCCAGAGAGCUCUGGUGGCUGUCACAGUCACAGACCCAGAGCAGGUAGCCAAGUAUCUGACCUCACAGUUCUAUGGCCUGAACUAUAGCCUGCGGCAGCGCAUGGACAUCCUGGAUGUUCUUGUUCUGGCUGCCCAGGCACUGUCUCGGCCACGGAGCCUCCAGAGGCUUUCCCAGCACGGUCCCCCUGCUUCUGGCACCUCGUGUUCACCAGUACUAGCUGUUUCUCAGCCUGGCAAUGCUGUGGCUCCCAACUGGCAGCUGAUUGUGGAGGAGCGGAUCAAAAGCAAGACCCGGAGGUUCUCGAAGGGCUGUCCGCGGAGGGAGCUAUCAGGUGGCCCCAAUGAAUUCAACUCUGUGGCUGGUUACUUCUUCUUCCCCCUCCUUCAGCACUUUGACAGGCCUCUGGUGACCUUCGACCUCUUAGGAGAUGAUCAGUUGGUACUUGGAAGACUGGCCCACACCUUAGCAUCCCUGAUGUACCUGGCCGUUAACACCACAGUGGCUGUGCCCAUGGGUAAGGCCCUGCUGGAGUUCGUGUGGGCCCUUCGCUUCCACGUGGAUACUUACGUGCGCCGGGGCUUGCUGUCUGCUGUUUCCUCUGUUCUCCUCAGUGUACCCACAGAGCGGCUAUUGGGGGACCUGCCAGAUGAGCUGCUAGAAGCCAGAUCAUGGUUGGCAGAUGUGGCUGAGAAGGACGUGGAUGAGGACUGCAGGGAGCUGGCAGUGAGGGCUCUGCUGCUUCUGGAGAGACUCAGAGAUAAGCUCCUGUCCAUCUCCUCUCCAUAGCCCCGAGGACCCCCUCAGCUACCUCCACUGGAAGAAGGGAAGGCCUGAGGGGCAAGUCCACACGCAGGCUGUCUGUGGCAGCCGGGUCUGGAGGGGCCUGUUGGUCCUAGUGUGACCCUGCCAUUACUUAUGCCCUGGCAAGGCUGAGCGUUCAGCUAAAGAUAUCAGGCCUGUGCCGUGGGACUCAACAGCUUUAGACUGACUGGAAUUUGGACUGGGGAGGGUUGGGGGUGCAAGAGGUGCCUCCUCCUGAGAGCAGAACUUUGGGCUCUGUGGCCAGGGCCUCAAGAGUGAAGAUAAGAGACAGCUGUUCAGCUUCUAGUAUACUCCAAAGGGGAUGCUACAACAGCAGACCAGGGGUAGCCGCUGGGUCCCCAGGGCUUCUAACAAUGUUCUGUUAGAAUAAACAGGGCCACAGAUGUCA